UAUUACAAUAAUAUAUAAAUAUGUACUACUCGAUCGUUCGUGCAUGACUAAUAUACAUACAUGAUUAAUAUAAAUUGAUCAGAUCCCAAUCGAUUCAGAUUUACAAGGCAAACCACAUUUGGAAGGCGGCACAUGAGUUCUUGUACGGGAACACCGUUUCAGCUCUGGAUUAAAUGUUUCUUCAGACAGUUCUUCCGUUCCGUAGCAAAAGUUGAUUAUCUCACUUUGAGACAUGGUUUCAUCUCGGCUCACUUGUCGGCCACCAACAACUUCGAUUUCCGAAAAUAUAUACAGCGAAGCUUGGAAGAAGAUUUCAAGCAGGUGGUCGGCAUCAGCCCUCUAAUGUGGUUUAUAGUUGUUAUCUUCAUGCUCGUGGAUGUGUACGGUUGGCAUGUAUAUGUAUGGGUAUCCUGCAUUCCUCUCUUGGUAGUUCUAGUUCUAGGAGCCAAACUCCAAGUCAUUGUUGCGAGAAUGGCUCUUCAAAUCAAAGAUCAGAAUAGUAUGAUUAAAGGAACACCUCUUGUUAGACCCAACGACAGUCUCUUCUGGUUCCGGCACCCAGGAUUCGUUUUAACUCUUAUUCAUUAUACUCUAUUUGUGGCAGUUGUAGAGUAUCAAUACAUAGAGAAAGCCACUUUUCGAGUAUCAACAUUGCAUGUAAAUUUCCCGUUAUCAUGUAGAGAUGAUGUUCCAUCCGAACAUCUUGAAGCAUCGGUAUUGAGUGAAUAUCCGGUUGAAAAUCUUGAUGACUCAAAAGAAGAAGAUGAUGAAAAAGAAGAGUAUGAUGAUGAAGAUUCUGAAGAUGAGGCGGAUGCUGCAAAUGAUUUUAUUGAAGAAGAUUUUGAAACAAGCAUGAAAAAUACGUCUGAUGAUGAUGGAGAAUAA